AUGUUCACCAUGAUUUACGACUAUGAACCGACCAAGCGCCAAACGCCUCGCCCAACCCCAAAACCGAAGGGAGUUUAUGAGAGAUUGAUGGGAGCCGGGUGGAAAAUUUGCUGCAAGCAGAAUCCGGAAGCUUGUAUUAGCCAAUUCCCGCGAGAGGACAUCUGUCUUUACGUUGUUGAUACUCCCCAAGUAUUUUCCGAUGCCACUCGUCACUGCCAGUCGCUUGGUGGACAAAUCGUUAAACUUUUGAACGUUUACGAGAACGCCUACGUCUAUUCAUACGCUCAAGGAAUGAGCGUCUCAUCCUAUAUUGGGAUUGUGAAAAAUGUGGCCAAUAACACGUGGACCUACACCGACGGAUCGGCGUUGACAUAUCAAAAUUGGGCCUCAAAUGAACCAAAAAACACGACAGGGAACACGUGCACGAUAAUCGAUACCGUAACGGGCAAGUGGGUCACUACCGGAUGCACCACAGCACGUCCAUACUUUUGCUCGGUUGCCGAAACAGCCUCAAAAUGCUCAAGCGGGUGGACGUACAGUCAACAAACCGACUACUGUUAUUAUGUACAGAUAUUCGAUUUACUCGACGUGUACGUGACGUGUACUCGACGUGACCAUCUCUAUCGAUUGAAUUUCACCACUCCCACCGAUUGGAAAGCGGCCGAGAAAAGCUGCAAGAAGAUGGGCGCUCAUUUGGUCUCGAUUCACUCAAAAACCGAAGAAGAUUUCGUUUAUGAUUUGAUUGCCUCAAGGGUGGGCAAGAAAUCGUGUGACGAGUUGUGGGCGUGGACGGGUCUCUAUGGGACGGGCGCUACGAGAAGUGGCUCUUGGACUGACGGAUCACCCGUCGAUUACCCAACUGACCAUGAGACAUCCUCCUACUAUUACUGGAUGAUGGGCAAUGACGCGUCGUGCAAUGAGCGUCGAUGGGAUUGGAUCCCAUCCGCCGAUCGAACCUACUCCCGUGCCGUGUGCAAAAUGGAACCCACCAACGUCAAGCAAACAAAUAGACAGUCCAUUGUCAGAAGGAUUUUAAAAGCU